UGUAAUUUAACUGAAGCAAUAAGCAAUAUUGUCUUUGAAUAUUUUCUAGUGUCAGCCAGCUCCAACCCAACUCUGUCUCCAAAAGAAGUUCUUAGUAAGGAAGCCACUGUUGCCCUUUCUGUUGUUGGAGCAAUCCUGUUUCUCUGUAUCGUCCUUGGGUUCGCCUUCUUUUGCUUUAUACGCCAUCAACGGAGGCAGAUUGUGGGGUAUCGUAAUAAGCUUUUUCCAGUACACACUGGAAAACACCAGGUAAAUUACCAUGUAAAACGAGCUUAAAAUGAAGCCACUACAUAACAACCAGUGCCUGCUUGGAUUCUGCAACUUAUUUUGGCUGAAAAUGAUGUUUGUUGGACUGCGUAAAUUUCACACCCCUCCCAUUCCAAGAUCCAUACUCAACACCUACAAUGACAACUUUAAACGCGGAAAAACGGAGGAGGGGGAUUUCUUUUAAUUGUGAAAAUUUUGUCUCAGAGGAGCAAUAAAAUUAGAAAACGGGUUUUAUAAGCAAAUGUCUCUCAACCUUGGUUCAAACAUGACGGCGAAAAUGAAAUGAAUUUGCGAUCUUUCAAACUUCAUCUCGAUUAAUGUCAUCUUCCUUUGAUAUGUGAAACGUAGGUGACCUUACUUGGAGUAGUUGAAUUUCUAUGGACAGCCAAGUUAAAAAAGGGAACAAAAAGUUUAUCGUCAGCGCCGGUUAACGUCCUUCGCAAAACGGGCAUUGGGACUAACUUUUUACGUCGUAGUCGUGUAAUUAGGUUUGAUGGCCCGUGCAAAGUUGUCGUUUUUGGUUGUUAGUCCUACUCGGUACUGUUUUACCUUCUCGCUACCGUCGUCGACUCUCUUUUGCUUAAAAUCUUUAGUAACCUUUCGAAAGUGCAGGGUUGCUUUAUUUAUGGCCACUUUACAUUCGUGUAAACUCUCAUGGUGUUGGUCACCUUUGAGAAUGACUAUACAUUUAUCAGCAUCUGAGUUGCUUGUUCGAAGCCAGUCGACAGACAUAAUUUGCAAAAUUGCAACCAUAGAUUGCUCCUCGUUUUAAAAUAGAUGUAUACUCACGGAUAGUAAAGAUGGCUGACAUUUUGUUCAUUUCAUUGCAGGCUACGAACCAAUCUGUUCCGCAAAAAUAGUCACGACUUUUUUUGUCGACCUACUGUGAACGAGGUGCCGAGUUUCUUUGCGGAGUGGCCAUAAAUUUAAGUCUACUUUUCAAACUUAAACUGGCUUUUGUUUAUUCUUUGACUCGAUUCAAAAAGUGAUCCAUUUCCCUGAAAUGGCCUUCUAAAUUCAGGUAAUACUCAUGAACCAAAAAGUUUUCAGUUAGAGGGAAUGAACUUACCAUUGCUUAGACUAAAUAGGUCCCUAUUGUAUACGUUAAGUAAUAAAAUAUUUCUUGAUUGUUUUAGAUUGACCCUAAUCGUACACUGCUUGAACAAUGUAAUGAUCUGCCUUAUGACCCUGAUUUCGAUUUUCCUGAGGACAAGCUCAUUCUUGGAGAGUUGCUAGGAUCAGGGGCCUUCGGAGAAGUCAUUAAAGCAGAGGCUAUAGGAAUAAACAACUUUAGUCCCAGAGACAAAAGUCAAAAGAAAAGUCAGCGGCGACCUAAAAUGUUUCGUCAACAGAGGGCCGGCCAUGCGUACCACGAUCCCAGAGGCAGUGCGUACACGAAGACCAUCGUAGCUGUAAAGACUGUUAAAGGUAAUGUUUCAAGUCAAAAGAUCUCUAUUUCAGCUUGUGUAACAUUUGCCAUGGAGCAAGGAUGGCUGGUUUGUCGGGGGUUGGUGGAGGGGGACAAAAAAGGAAUUUGGUUUAUAGUUACUGUAGCAGCUGAUAAUAUGCGGGGGAGGGGACGAGUUACCAGGUUACCUGCGCGGUAAUGAUUUGAGAGACGGGUAGGGUUGAUUUGGGAAUCUGUGCCUACCAGUGGAAAAAACUCCAGCCAUGCCCCUGGAUUCAGCAUGGGUGAGGUGGGCAAUUCGCAUAGGGCCUCUCUCAUGCAUGAGUACCGUUCGUGCUCAUUCCUAUUGCUGAGGUUUGUGCCCAGUUAAACUGAACAUUGCUUGUGACAUGGUUACAUGGACUCCACUAGACCCUGUGGAAACUGCACUUUUUUAACUGACCGAGUACGAUAUUUUGGUACUUCAGGGGGAGCUACUAAAGAGGAAGUAAGAGACCUGGCAUCAGAGCUGAAAAUUCUAAUUUACGUUGGAGAACACAAAAACAUUGUAAACCUCCUUGGUGCUUGUAUCAAGCGAGAUCGUAUCCUUGUCAUUCUGGAAUAUGCACCACAUGGGAGUUUACAAAAGUUCUUACGAGGCAAGCGAGAUGUUUAUGACGCAACCUGGACUACGACUGCGAGUGACCCAGAGAUAGGAUUGUGUAUAUCAAAUCUUGUAAACUACUCUUACCAAAUAUCCCGUGGAAUGGAAUUCCUGGCGUCUAAAAAGGUAAUGUAGUAAUGUUGUCCCGUUCAAGGAUUCCCACAUUUCUGAAGAAAAUUCAGUUCUAACAAGAGCUGUAGUGGCUCUUGGUUGUAAUAGACCUUUUUGGCUACUGUUUUAUUUUCCCAUUUCACACCACGUGAUGUUCUCAAGGCAAUUUGCGUUUUGUCUUUUCAUAAAAUAUACAUACAUAUGUUCGUGAAUGCACGAGCAAAGGACAACUUUUGAAAGGAACGAUUUUCUGGGGUACCAUCAAGUGCUCUGAAAAGGGAAGACAAAACAUACAAGCUAAAAAGGUCUAUUCUCCAGCACUUGCGUAUCUGCUCCGUUUGGCUUCAAGGAGUUUUGUCAUGAUUCAAAUCGUUCAUUCGACUCUAAAUCUGCGCCUAUUUGUUUGUUUUUUGCGUUUAACAGAGUAUGACUACUUGAACCGGGGCGCUUGAAAGAUUAUUAUCCAAUCAAAUCGUUUGAACUUACCGGUUUUUUUUUGGAAAACAAGAGAUUUUCUGUUAAUGUAAACGGACCAAAAAAAUUCAAUGUGCAACUAUGAAACUGUUGAUAACUUAAAAACCGUUUGAACUUACCUGACCUCUCAAGAAUUAGCCCUCAAAUUUAAUGAGAAUCUUUUGUUUUCAAAAACCGCAAUGAUUAUUAUGAUUUGUGUUUGGAUAAUCUAUUUCCAAAAGCCCAGCUUCGAGUAUUCGCACUGCAAGAGUUUAUUAUGAGUAAGAAGUGGUAAAAAGUAAAGUAACUCAGAGAGAGGAGACCUCAGUAGCCAAAAGCUCGCGCAAAGGAUUAGAAAAAGUAACAUGUAGGAGAAAAGGUUACGUGAACUCCCCUUACAAGCUCACCCCAUUAUCGACUUUCUAAAAUUAGCGGACUUAUUAUUAUUAUUAUCUCCUUCUUGUUUCUGAUUUCUUGAUUUUGCAUUUCUUUUUUCAAAACAUAUCUGUUUUAUAUAGUGUGUUCACCGAGACUUGGCGGCCAGAAACGUUCUUGUUGGAGAAGACUACGUCAUAAAGAUCGCUGACUUUGGUCUCGCUCGAAAUAUUUACAAGAGUGACUUAUAUGUGAAGACAAACAGUGGUGUUUUGCCAAUGAAGUGGAUGGCGAUAGAAUCAUUGUCUUUGAGGGAGUAUUCAGAGAAAAGUGAUGCGUAAGUACAAAUGACAUUUAAAAAAAAUGAAUGAAGGGAGAAUAUGAAAAUAUGCGGGGAUCGUACUCAAGGAUGACAACUAUAUAAUUAGUGCGUAACUAGGCGUUGAAAUUAAAAAGAAGCUGGCCUUUUGAUUACUGCAAUUAAGUUAAAGUUGCCAUAACAUAGUUUAGUAGGCGCUCUCCGAUUGGCUGAGAAGUAUGUUUGCAUGCGAGUAACACAGUUAAACGCAACCACGCAACCAUGGUUUGAAAAACUCGACAAGUUUACUUUAUUAACCCGUAACUUAGAGGCAUGGAACUUGAAAAAUCUUUAAAAACAUGCUAUAUCAAAGUUUUUACGCUCAAGACGACACUUUAAGGGAGAACAAUCCGUCCUUUAAAAUAUCACCUUUUUUAACAAAUAAAGAAGCCUUGACUGUGCUCUGUUCUGUACGUUGUAAAGCACGCACGACUGGCAGCGGCUAGAACACGAAAGAAGUGUAGGGGGGAACACGAGAUGCAGUCGAGUGUUUCUCUCUACUUCUUGAGUAGUACAACAGAAUAGAGCUCAGUCAAGACUUCUUUAUUUGUUUUAUGAAUAUAAAGAAUCCGUUGAAUUCCCCACACAUUCCUUUUCAAUUUUCAAAACAAUCUUUAUUUUUUUUAAAGCAAAAAAAGAGUGUCGUCCUUUAUACUCUCAUAAAGUACGCUUUUGCAACAAAUCAGAGCGCACAUUAUAUCUGAACUUUAUUAUAGAUGCAAAACAGAAACUUACUGAUUACACGUACAAAACUUCGUGUAGAUACAACACUUCGCGAACAGUAAGAACUGCUCUUUUCAUCAGCGCCAUAAACGAAGAGCUAGGUAGCAACUUUUUCUCGGGAAAGUUGCCGCUAUAAAAGCACCUUCGUAGAAAACUGUUUUUCUGCGGUUUGCAAUUUGUACCAAUUCUCUUAAAUUCUCCCAACACCCGAAUCUCGUGUUUAUAUCAGGGCAUGUUUAUAAAUAGUACUCGAAAGAAAAAGAAUACUACUGAUAACUAUUCUUGAAUGUAGCGCUUCAUAUGCAAGCCUUGUAAGUUUUGAUUCCAAUAAUUCCCUUGUAGUGGAGUUAAUAGCAGCUUACCAUCUGUUUCCUCGAGUCCAUAGUUUAGCUUAAACAGCUUACAGAGCUUUAUUGACACCCUUUUGGUUUGGAAUGACCCAGGCUGUGAUGACCCUUCGAGUGUGUAUGUUUUGAACCUUGACAUUUAACAAUGCAGAUGGUCGUUUGGUAUUUGCUUGUGGGAGAUCUUUACACUGGGCGGCACACCGUAUCCCACUAUACCCGUAGAAGAGCUCCUAGACUUUCUCAAUGAUGGAAACCGUAUGGAAAAUCCCCGAGACUGCCCUUCGGAGAUCUACAAAAUUAUGCAAGAUUGCUGGCAGGAAGGACCCGACAAGCGACCUAAAUUUGAUCAAAUCAGCCAGUCGAUUGGUACAAUACUUGAGCAACGCGCUUCCCAGGUGAGGCCUUUUUUCUACUGUUUUUGA